CAGCAGGGGCGGGGAGAGGUGGGGAGCGAUGCUUGUCUGUGAGCAGCAGCUCGGGCUGGCAGAGCGGCCUGGAGGCGGGCCAGGGCGCCGUGGAGGCGGGGGGCUCCCCAGGUUUGGAACAAAGACCUCACAGGCAGGUCCCCUGAGCCUGGGCCAGCAGGAUGGUGGUGGAGCCCAAGAGAGGCUGCAGGCAGCAUGGCUGGUACUGAGACGAGCCGGCGGUGACUCAGGCGCCCACGGUGGCGGCUCUGUGUCCUGAAGAUGAAGUGGCCCAGGUGGAGUGCUGGCUAGGCCCGAUGGCCAGCUCCAGGACGGAGGUGUGCUGGGCCGAGCCGGGCCUGGGGAAGGGGCCCCGGCGGCGACGCUGGGCCUGGGCCGAAGAGAAAAAGGAUGCCGAUGGGAUACGGGGAAAAGAGGGGCCCUUUCCCAGUGCCACCAGCCCUGAGCUCCUGGAGGACUUCCGGCUGGGGCAGCCGCACCUGCAGCCACCAGGGUGGGGCCCGGCCCCACAGCCAGCUGAGCGUCCGGCUUCUGAGUGCGGAGAGUCGGAGGGAGAGGAGUUUGAGGUAGAGGAUGUGGACAGCCCAGAAAGUUCCAACUUGCCUCUCAACUGGCUUCCCGAACAGGAUCCUCAAUCUGCCAUGACUGAAGAGGAGCCGGAUGAGGCCCUCGGAGGUCCUGAGGUGGAGGAAGCUGGGGAGGGCUCUCCAAGAUUGGAGUAUGAGACUGGUCUCAGCUCAGGGGGCGAUGGAAACACCAGCCCCACGGCUGCGGGGUGGGGUCAGGACACAGGCUGGGUGGCCCCUGGCACACAAGCCAGUGGAGACAAACUUCCAGAACAUUCUGAGGUCCACCCAACUGUUGACUUCAGCUCUGCAAGGUCCUGGAGCAGUGGGACUGUGAGCCUUGACCACCCCAAUGACAGCCUUGAUUCUACCUGGGAAGGAGAAACCGAUGUCCCCCAGCCCACUGCCCUGGAAGAAACUUUACCACAGAGCUCCAGCCACCACCUCCUAAACCCAAACCCCAGAACUGGGGGAGGCGUUGCUGUGGCAACCCCCACAGAAUUCCAGGACUCCUCGGUACCCCAGAGCCAGAGCCUCCAGUGUCCAGCAGAUAAGUGGAAAGAAACUACCGGCCUCUCCUGCCCUCAGUUGAGGGACAAAGCCUGGAAACGGACGCGGACAUCACCUAAGCCACUCCCUUCUCGAUUCACUGGCUCCAUCAGCCCUCCGAAUCUGCCUAGGCCAGCUCGGCAAGACAGGGUGCCAACCAGGCAGGGAGCCACUCUGGCUGGCCACUCAUCAUCUGAUGCCUCCAAGUAUGGGCGGGGGCAGUUGAACUACCCACUCCCCGAUUUCUCCAAGGUGAGACCCCGGGUGAGGUUCCCUAAAGAUGAGAGCUACCACCCCCCCAAGGCCAGGAGCCACAGCAGGCAGUCUCAGGGCCCUGCCAGGCCGCUGAUCUUCAAAUCACCUGCUGAGAUUGUGCGGGAGGUACUGCUGAGCAGCGGCGAAGCCUGCCCGGGAAAGGACCCACCUUCUCCCCACCCCAUCACCAGGGUACCCCAAGAAUUUCAGACUCCUGAACAAGCCACCAAACUGGUCCACCAGCUCCAGGAGGACUACCACAAGCUACUCACCAAGUACGCAGAGGCGGAAAACACCAUCGACCAGCUGCGCCUUGGGGCCAAGGUGAACCUGUACUCGGACCCGCCCCAGCCCAGCCACAGCAUCCACACAGGGACGGUGCCCCAGGGGACCAAGGUCUUGUCCUUCACCAUCCCACAGCCCCAGUCUGUGGAGCGGUGGUUGGGCCCUGCCGAAGCCCCACAGGCCUCUGGGGCCUCCGCUCCAGGAAGGACGGUUCUUGGCCCCAGCGUUCAGUGGUUGUGUGUUCCAGGGUGGCCACCAGCUCAAAGAGACCUGAGCCCCUCCUCGUCUGCCCCAGAGUGGCUUCCGGAGAACCCGGGCAUCGCCCAGGACCAACCGUCAGCAGAGCGGACCCAGGAGUUGGCUUCUCAGGCCAGCCUGCUCCUGGCCAAGGUGGAAUCCUUCGCAGGGCUGAUGCAGGCAGGACGGCUGACGCCCCAGGACCAACUCAAGGGCUUCCAGCGGCUAAAGGCCGCCCACACGGCCCUGGAGGAAGAGUACCUGAAGGCCUGCAGGGAGCAACAGCCGGCCCAGCAGCUGGCCGGCCCCCAGGGGACGCCCGGCAAAUUUGAUCCUGGCAGGGUGCUGGAGGAGGAGAUAUUCCAGCUGGGUAUUCGCCUGGAAGAGCUGAAGGACCACAACCACACCCAGCCUGAGCCUGAGCGAGCGGGGUCAGACUCCACCCCAGACAGCCCCCCAGCCACGCCUUCUCCACGCCAGCCAGCGCACCUGCCUUCUCCUUCAGGACAAGCCCCCACACCCGCCACCCAGACCCUCUGCCCUCAGCCUCACGCCACCAGCAUCGGCCCCUGCCCAUCGCAUGUGAACGUGGAGCUGAGCACCGCCAGCAGUGAGACGGAGGACGGGCCGCUGGGCCUCCCGGCCCCACCCAGGCAUAAGGAGCUGCCGGUGGAGCAGGAUUUCCACGGCCUCCUGGAGCGGUACCUCAGCGCGAAGACCGUCCCAGAAGCCAUGAGGCCGGAGGAGGGCGAGGACGAGGAUGAGGACGAGGACGGGCAAGGCCAUUCGGUAGAAGUUGACGGACCAGCUCCACCUCCAAGAAAAUCAGAGGCCACCGGGAUGCCCGUAAGGCAGCUCCCAGCACCGGCUGAAAGAAGUCACAGGACCCCCCUCAAGGAGACUGUGGAGCAGAUGGUGUCUGUAAAGCCAGCAGGCUUCCAUGCAUCCGUGGCCAGAGAUGGCUACCUCCAGGACCUGGACAAAGUUGAGGCAGCUCCUCCUCCGGACCCCAGCAGGCCACCUCACCCUCGGGGCACCAAGCCUUUGGCAUCCCACCAGAGCAGUCUGACCAGCUUAGAGGGAAGCGGCCUCUCUGAGCACCUUCCACAGAAGUCUCUGCGCCAAGCUGGUGGGCCCCACCUAGAGGAGCCCUGGAUGGCAUCCCCCGAGACAGACAGUGGUUUCGUGGGCUCAGAAACCAGUAGAGUGUCGCCCCUCACCCAAACGCCAGAGCACCGGUUCUCCCACAUCAGCACUGCAGGAACAUUGGCCCAGCCCUUCACUGCAUCUGAGCCCCGGGACGCAGUUUCCCAUCCCCAGACCAGGGGUCCUCCAGUCCCCAGAAGAUCCGUGGAGCCCAGCACACCCAGGAGCCGAGCCCAGAGGCGACCCUCCGGCCGGGACAGUCCUCUGCGGCAGAGGGCACCCAGUUUGCGCCAGGAGCGGGCACUGGUGGCCGAGAUGGCGGUGCCUGGCUCAGAGUCGGAGGGGCGACAGCCGAUUUCUGAGCGGCUUGCCCGCAGCACGACAAUCCGCCCACCCCCGACCUCGGCUUCUGCAGCUGCCACUCUGUCCCAUGGACCGGCAGAGAGCACCCGCACCCUCCUCCUCACCAGGACAGGGCGAGACCAGGCCAUCCGAGAGCUACAAGAGGAGGUGUCUCUGCUCCGCCUGCGGCUGGAGGACAGCCUGCAUCAGCCACCCCAGGGCAGCCUGGUGUGCCCGGCCUCCACCUUCAACCGCCCCGCCCGGGCCCGGGCCCGGCCAACAGAUUCCUCAGCCGCCUGGGGCUCCCACUAUGGCAGCAAAUCCACAGAGAGACUGUCUGGUGAGCCUGCAGGUACAGAGCAAGCUGACCCCGCAGGAAGGCGGCGAGCCAGGUCUUCCUCGGUGCCUCGGGAGGUGCCCCAGCUGUCCCUGAGUUCCGGAUCCGAGCCCACCUCCCCCCAGUUGUUCUCUGAGAAGAGCCGGACCUCUGAGGACAGUGCGCAGGCAGCUCGGGAUGGAAUGAAAAGAGCGGGCGGCACCAAGAGGCCAGACAGGGUCACCUUCCGGGGCCAGUACACAGGCCAGGAGUACCACGUUCCCACCCCCAAGACUGUCCCAAGAGGCGGUGGCACAAUCUCCUGUCCCCACUGCCGACCUGCUAGGACCCAGGACUCAGGUGGUACUGUCACCAGGGACCCACUGGGACCGGUUCUCACUGAUACCCUGCGAUGUCCCCUGUGUGGUCAAGUCGGGACCCCCCCAAAGACGGAUGGCCCAGACUCAGCCACCUCUGGGACAGAAAGCGCCACCCCAAGGAGGAAUGCACACUCACGCUCAGCCUCCAGCCCCCCACGACGGAGCAAGCAGGCAGGGUCGCCGGCCCGGCCUCCCCCCGGACUGUGGUAUCUGCCUGCCAUGCCCCCAGCACCGGCCCCUCCCGCCUUUGCCUACGUCUCCUCGGUGCCCAUCGUGCCUUACCCGUCGGCUGCUGUGUACUACGCGCCUCCGGGACCUACCUCAGCUUCCUCGCCCCGGCCAGCCGCCGCCGAGUGGCCCCCCUCUGCCUCCUCCCGGCCGGCGCGGGGGCACCGGCAUUCCAUCCAGCUGGACCUGGAGGACCUGGAGGAGCUCAACAAGGCCCUGAAUCGAGCCGUCCAGGCUGCCGAGAGCAUCCGCUGCACCACCAAGCACAUGAGCCGCUCCCUGUCAGCCGACCUGCGCCAGGCCCGCAGCCUCAGGGGCUCCUGCCUCUUCUGACUUCACCCUGGAGACUCAGACACAGAUGGGGGGCAGGUGGGCCGGCGGCCUGCUGCUGUCCCCCAGGGCGGGAGUCGGCUGGAGCCACUCCCGCGGGCCCCGGCGACCCCUCCCCACAGGCCUCCUGGCCCUGGGGUGUUGGCCUGGGCAUGAAGAGAAGGAACUCCGGGGGGACCGGCCCCUGAAGGAAGUGCUGAGACCGAGGCCACCUUCUGCCCAGGGGCAGCCUCGGGGAGUCUCCUGGUCCUGCACUGCCCGCCUCUGGCUCAUAAUAUAUACUUUAUAUACAGAUGGACAAUUUUUUUUUUUUUUUUUUUACUGUGUUUUCCUGGUUUUAGAUCCAACCUACCAGGCCAGAUGAGAAGGGAUAGGGCCAGAGUCUCUGGUGCAAACCUGUCUCCUCACCGGUGACCAGCCCCUCCAGCGUAGGCGUUUCUGGGAAGGACACGGCUGUGCACUUUCCUCCUGGUGACUGGGGAUCAGUAGGGCACUUUGACACCAUCGAAACGUCAAGAUGGCAGGCCCCCAGGAUAACAUGCGCCCAGCUUCUCCGGAGAGGACUUUCCCGUGGGCCUGCUGGGAAGGGGACACCCCCAGGGAGGGCCCAGGAAGCUGUCCACCUUGGUCCCUCUCUGUACCUCAUCCCCUGAGCCCCAGCUCUGUCCCUGGGAUCCCUGUGGAACUGAGCUAGUGGCCAAGCUGCCUGCCAGGCCCUGGUCUGCGGCCGGGAGGCCAGCCCGUCUCUGGCUCCCUACCUUGUAGCAGAGUGCGUACCUCAGCUUUUCUGGAAUGUGUAUGCAUCAGUGAUGUUUGUAUAUUUGAGGCAUUUAAAAAUCUAUUUUCGUUAUGAGGGCAAAUG